AAUCAAGUCGAUGGAUAUUGGAUAACAUUAGAGGCAGAAUUGACGCGUGUAAUUUCACAUUACGAAUUGUGGUUAACCUACACUUUUUUUACAGUUUGCAGCUUUCGUUCGUUCAUUAUACUUUAACCUUUGUGAAAUAAAUACGAAGAAUCUCCAAAAUCCGAAUAUCAUCAACGGGGCGACUUUGCUAUCAACAAUUAAACAUUAUUAUUGAGACAUUUCUGGCAACAUGAUCAAAACAUCUAUAUUAUUGGUCCAUCUUUUGGGUAUGAUUUUUGCUCAAAUGAUGCCAUCCAAUUCACCAGAUUCUUUUCCAACCCAAAGUUUGUCAGAAAAUUCAUCAGAUUCUCUUCCAACGCAAAUAAUCCAAGCUCAUUCAAGAGAUUUGUCAAAAGAAUGGGAUGAUGAUGAUGAUGAUGUUACUGAUGGUGAUGAUGAUGAUGAUGAUGAUGAUGACGACGAUGAUUAUGACGAUCGAUUCGAACUUCCUGGUUUUGACAAAGAUGUCUUAUCCAAAAACAGCGGUAACGAAGAGAUAAAAUUCGAAACUAAUAAUAAUAAAGUGCAUUAUCAGGCAAACAUUACCGGAGCUAUUCAAUUAUUUUGGAAAAAAGGAAAUGACCAGGUUGAAAUGAAUAUCACCGCAGCAGGCGCUGUUAACCAAGAUUGGCGUUUGGGAGAUGCCAAAAUUCAUUUGGAACGAAGUGUAGCAGGCGAUCAGAAUCAAGUUUGGGACUUUGGUGAAACCAAAUACACGUAUUCUUCUACUCCUGCAGGAAAUUUGACUAGAAAUUGGAUUAAUGGAAAGGAAGACGAGAGAAAGUUGCGAAAAUACAAAAAAUUGAUCGCAGAAUGGUGUGAUGAGAAUUGCUUCUUUAUAAGAAAAUCCAGAAGGAAUUGUAUUAUUUACUAAUCAAUAAUCAUAUCAUUGAAUUUAUAUAAUUAUGUUGGCGAAUUUUACUUCACAAUCAAAUUUUUCUUUUUCA